UGCCAGCUGCAGGAGAUGAGACGGGAGCUGGAGAGGGCCAAUAAGAACUGCCGGAUCCUGCAGUACCGACUGCGCAAGGCUGAGAGGAAGAGGCUGCGCUACGCGCAGACUGGAGAGAUCGAUGAGGAGCUGCUCAGGUGUCUAGAGCAGGACCUGAAGGUGGCCAAAGAUGUAUCUGUGCGGCUGCACAACGAGCUGGAAAAAGUGGAGGAGAAACGCACGAAGACAGAGGAGGAGAAUGAAAAGCUGAGGCAGAGACUCAUCGAGGUGGAAGUGACCAAACAAGCUCUGCAGAACGAGCUGGACAAGACCAAAGAGUCACAAAAAAGAAGAGGAAGCAAGGAUGUCCAGAAGACUGACAAAAGGGCCGCACAGACUCCAAACGAGGAGGACAACGAUGACCUGAAGUGCCAGCUGGCUUUCAUCAAAGAGGAGGCGGUGCUGAUGAGAAAGAAAGCAGCUAAGAUCGACAAGGAGAAGGACCGUUUGGAGCAGGAGUUACAGAAGUACCGUUCUUUCUACGGAGAACUGGACAGCUCCCAUCCUAAAGGCGAGGCUGGGGGGCCGCCCACCACCCGUGAAUCAGAACUGAAGCUGCGCCUUCGUCUGGUGGAGGAGGAGGCCAACAUUUUGGGGAGAAAGAUAGUUGAGCUGGAGGUGGAGAACCGAGGCCUCAGAGCCGAGCUGGAUGACCUCCGGGGGGAAGGAGAGGGCUCUGGAGGCUCUGGGUGUGGGGCGCCAGGCGGGCAGAGCGCCGGGCGCAGCCUGGGAGAUGACCUGACGGAGCUCCGGCAGCAGCUGCAGCUGGUGGAAGACGAGGCAGAGCUUCUGAGGAGGAACCUCGCAGACGCCGAGGAGCAGAACAAGAGGGUGACCUCUGAGCUGAACAAGCUGCGCUUCAAGGCCGGCACUCAUGAGGGAGGGGCAAGGCAUGGAGGAGGAGGAGUCACAGCUGAUGGAGGGAAAAUGGAAGCUUUGCAGGAGGAGCUGAAAGCUGCGAGGCUACAGAUCAAUGAUCUCAGUGGGAAGGUGAUGCAGCUGCAGUACGAGAAUCGAGUUCUCCUCUCCAACAUGCAACGCUAUGAUCUGGCCUCCCACCUCUCCUUGAGGCCGAGCCCACGGGACAGCGACGCGGAGAGCGAUGCCGGUGGCGCCACGAGCGGGCGCCGCGAGAGCGACGAGGACUCCACCUCCUCUCGCCUGCUCCCACCUCACCGCAAGCGAGAGGGCCCCGUGGGCGGCGAGAGUGACUCAGACGAAGUCAGGAACAACAACGGCAGCAGCAGAUGCAUGACGCCCACGCGGGGGCUCUACACACCCACCGGACCAGAGGGCGCCGCCUCCUCCGCCUUGGCCAGAUUCCUGCCCGGCGGGCGCUGUAGCCUCCGUGAGAGGCAGCAGAUGAUCGACAUCCGCGUGGAAGCUGAGAGGCUCAUGCGGACCAUCGACAGGCUCAUCGCCGACACCGCCGCCUUCAUCUCCGAGGCCAGGGUCUUCGUCUCAAAUGGCGACCUGAUGUUUGGGAGAGGGGGAGAAGACGGCGGAGAGGAUGAUGGGAGCAGGAUCAGGGAACAUGAACUGCUGUACCGCAUCAACGCUCAGAUGAAAGCCUUCCGGAAAGAGCUGCAGGGUUUCAUCGACAGGCUGGAGGUGCCGCGGCUGGAGGACAGGGAGGCGGAGGAGCCGCUGUCGAUGUUCCAGCCCAUCAUUUUACUGAUUCUCAUCCUGGUGUUAUUUUCAUCUCUCUCCUACGCCACCAUCUUUAAGCUAGUUUUCCUCUUUACUCUGUUUUUUGUUCUGUGAUGUGAGUUUCGCUUUAGUUUCCUUUGAUUUGUUUUUUUUGCUCUCUUUUUUUUAUUUGCCCACAUCGUAUCUGUUGCCAAAGUUACUAAAAGCACCGAAAAGCUCGGCACUCGGAUGGAGUCUACAUUAAAACCUGAACCAAUCGGCCUGCACAACUCACCUGAGGAGUGUUCCCAGGCCAUCAAUCUUUCCUCCCCUCAUUGGCAGCCCAACAGUGACCUCUGACCAGAAAAGUGAAACGGGAGAAAGGGGAAACGGUCAUUUUAAAAGGGCCCGAGGGUAUUAAGCGGCCUGCGUCAUGGCAGC